GAUACCUACUAAGUCUGUGGAUGACAGCCAAAGAGUACUUGACAACCCACCCGUUUGACGUCUUUCAAAACCUGUUUACAAAAAAAUAUUUUUGUUAAUAUUGAGUACAUACUAUUAUUAUAUUAGAAUUAGAAGGUGAAAAAAAAUGUAAUUAAAAUUUUACUAAGAACCAUAUUAGUUAAAGCAAUGAAAGCGUUUAAACUUAUUGUGCAUCAAUCGAGUUUUAGUCCUGCGGAUCUCAUAAUUAACUUAAAAGAUUAUCCAGGGCUCAAAGAAAAAGACAUUGUUGAGAUAUAUCACCCAGAAAAUGAUUACCCACGAUUAUUACUCCAAGUUACCAAAAUGGAUGUACCAGCAAGAGGAAGAGACACUAUUAGUGUUGAGCACAGCAUUGCCACAACAUUUCAGCUUAGAACAUUUUCUGAUGUUUAUGUCAAUAUCGUCAACGUGGCUGAUGUGGCCUUGGACUCUGUGGAACUCACUUUCAAAGAUCAGUACAUGGGGAGAUCUGAAAUGUGGAGGUUAAAAAAUCAUUUGGUCAGCACCUGUGUUUAUUUAAAUAAGAAAAUUGAAUAUUGUGGUGGAGCUAUUAGAUGUCAAGUGUAUGAGAUGUGGUCGCAAGGAGAUAGAGUUGCAUGCGGCGUCAUUACGGAAGACACUAAGAUCGUAUUCCGAUCUUCCACAUCCAUGGUUUAUUUGUUUAUUCAAAUGUCUUCAGAAAUGUGGGAUUUUGAUAUACAUGGAGAUUUGUACUUUGAAAAAGCCGUAAAUGGAUUUCUUGCUGAUUUGUUUGCAAAGUGGAAGAAAAAUGGCAGCAACCAUGAAGUCACCAUUGUUUUAUUUUCAAGGACAUUUUAUAAAGCUAAAUCAUUAGAAGAAUUCCCACAACACAUGAAGGAAUGUUUACAAAAAGACUAUAGAGGCAGAUUUUAUGAAGAUUUUUACAGAGUGGCAGUACAGAAUGAAAGAUAUGAAGAUUGGUCAAAUGUGCUACUUCAAUUGAGGCGAUUGUUUACCGAUUACCAAAAAAUUGUUUUACAAUACCAUGAGAGACCAAACAUAGAUAUUCCAACUGCCAUAAAUUCCACAGCUGCUCAAGGAAACUUCUUGGAAGUACUGAACAUGAGUUUAAAUGUAUUUGAAAAACAUUACCUGGACAGAUGUUUUGAUCGCACUGGUCAAUUGAGUGUAGUCAUAACUCCGGGCGUCGGUGUGUUUGAAGUUGACAGAGAAUUAACUAACGUCACUAAACAAAGAAUCAUUGAUAAUGGUGUUGGUAGCGACUUAGUGUGUGUUGGAGAACAACCCCUACAUGCUGUACCACUAUUAAAGUUCCACAACAAAGAUAACAAUCUGAACUCUAUAGAUGAUUACUCUAUGCCUCAUUGGAUUAACUUAUCUUUUUAUUCCACGAACAAAAAAGUAGCUUACUCAAAUUUUAUACCGAGAAUCAAAUUGCCACCAAGGAAAAGUCAAGAACCCCUCAAGAAAAUGUAUGAAGACGAAUACAAAGGGAAAUUAUUGAAGGAAGAUGAAUAUAUGCACAAUUCAAUUUUUGACUAUGAUUCAUAUGAUGGUCAAGUCUUUCAAUUACCACCAGCACACAGUACUUGUGUCCAAAAAGUAACUCGUACUAAGAAAACUUCAGUCGCAGGCUUAGAAGGUUUAAGUAGAAGAAGUCCACCUGCUUUACAACACAGAAAAAUGUCAGACCCUGAUAUUCAUCACAGCCUAGGUGAUAUCUUAACAAAUGGAAAUAAAUCAAGCAUAUAUGAUUCCAACAGUGACGUAACAGAUUCUCCUAUAGCGAGUAAUCGUCUAUCCCCGAGGAGUUCCAUAUCUACACACAAACCUUUGAUGAGGACUGGCCGGGCGCUUAUCAAUCCAUUCGAUCCUUCACAUGUAACUGUCAAACUGACAAGCAAUAGGCGACGUUGGACUCAUAUAUUUCCUAAAGGACCAACUGGAGUACUGAUCCAACAGCAUCACUACCAAGCUCGACCUGCUGGUGAGCCGGCACGUCCAGAACAGAUCCGGGAGAACAGUACGAAGGAGAAUGGCUCUAUAGGAAACAACAAUCAUUCCAUAUACCAAGUGGAUGGUAACAUUAUGAGUCGAAAACGAAUGAUCAGCACUUCGGGGGCAUUAACAACCCUAAGUACAACUUUGAAUUCAUCGUCUACUACCAAUAAUGCGUCACUAGCGCUACUAUGGGGAGCUACUGGAGAACAAGAGUGGACACCCGCCCUUACCACUGGUGUGGAUUGGAAGUCGCUCACUAUACCGGCGUGUUUGCCCAUCACAACUGACUACUUCCCAGAUAAGCGCUCUCUCCAGAAUGACUAUCUAGUUUCCGAUUACAAUUUGCUACCUGAUGAUGUCAAUGCGGACUUCGCACAAAAUAGAGCUAUAUAUAAGGAACCUCUUACUACCAUGGAGGUUUUUAAAGAACUUGUAUCACAAAGAUUAGCACAGGGCUUCCAGUUAAUAGUAGGGGUGAAUGAAAAUGACAUGAUUGAAGCUAACUGCCCCUCUACGAGUGUUCCUCCUCCGUCGAAGGUAGCUCCGCAAAGUAGCAAGUUGAUUAAUGCUGCACCAACCAAGCGUUAUCUGCUCUCUAUUGGGAGGAUAUUCCAUAAGCUGACCCUUGUUGGUUCCACAAUUACCGUGACUAGGUAUAGACCGAGGCAUCCUUAUCCACCGUUCAAUAUACACUAUCGUUAUCGGUUCCACGCGCCCAAUCACGAUACAUAUGAAGUGUCGUGGGUAUCAUUCACCACAGAGAAGUUGGAAACGUACAACUGGAACUACAUGGACCACUACAUAUGUACCCGAGGAGACACUGAUUUCGCUCUAGUUGAGGCAUUAAAAUACUGGCGAUUUCGAACUCUUCUACUGCCACUAUAUAAUCCUGCCACCAAACAAAUUCUGGAAGACGAGAGCACGCACUGUGACAUUUACCCUGCACCAACACGUCAAGAUCUGGAUCAACUUACCGAGGGUUUCCUCAAAAUGACUGAGCUAUACUUCAAUAAGGUCAAAAGACCCAAUAAACAGAGGAUGGUGGGCGCGGCUGGCGGUGCCGCGGCGGAGUCGGCUCUCACCAGGCGUCGGCACUCCACCUCCAUACUGACCAGGAGCGCCCAGGCGGGUGUGUCGAGCUCGCCGUUCCGGGAGCGCGUCGGCAGCACCCGACUGCCGGACCGGCCACGACUCCGGGCCGAAGCUAUGGUGGCAGCAAAAACUGUGCUUGAGAGGACACAGUCACAAACUGGAGAAUGCGAAGAUACCUACGAUGAUGGUGUAAUAGAGCCUAAAUUGAAAGCGAACGUGCCAUUAGCAGAGAUCAUUGAUCGCAUGCGCAGCCCAACGCUGGGAGUUGGUUUCCUGCAACAGACUGUCAGUCUUCCUUCACACGCUUUCGUGUCAAUUUACGCCAUACACUGGUUACAAGCUAACAUGGAAGCAGUCACUUAUGAGAAAGCCACGUCUAUUAUGGAGAAAUUGCUACAAGAGAAAAUGAUUUGUCACGCUUCAGGGGAUACAACGAAACGUUUUGUAGUUGGUUAUUAUAUGUACCACAUAUUGCCACAAAAGAAAGAUAAAGAGUUGACAGAUUACGUGAAGCCGCUGGGCGAUUUGCAAAGCUUCGAGAACGAAUGGAUGGAAGUGGAAGUGUUGGGACCACGUUCACCUCUACUCACCGCUGAAACUACGAGUGGGGCCAUCGAUAUAUCCGGAUCGAGUCCACAGACAGAUGACACUGGGGUCCCAGCGUUUCUGUGCCAUAAUAUAGAUCCUAAUUACAUGCAAGCUGACAGCGACAGUGACUUGCCUUUAUAUAAGAAUACUCAUUUGGACAUCGAUGUGAAUAACAAGAGUGAUCGUAUAGAGUGGGGUCACGCUCGAUACCAGGCCACUUUCAGGCCGGACCAAGCGUACGAGAUGUGCAUACAAUGGGCGGUAGCCAGUGGAAACAUUGUCUCUGAACUGAUUUUCGGAUGGGCGCGCAAGGCGCAGAACUGUCGGCUACAAAUGGUGCCAAUACCGGCGGAUCCGCUCGCUUUACCCUUCACAUUGAAAUCGGAUCCGCUUAGGGGUCCGAUCUACGUGCCACUCAACGAAGAGCCUUUAUUGAGAAACAAGAGUUCUCUUUUUGAAGGUUUCCCCGAAGAAACUUGGCUGGAACGACUGUUCCUGUUUCAAGAGGCUAUCGUUGGCCGUUUUGGUUUUAUAAAGUGUACAGUAGAGAGUACAUCCCAUGCGGCCGGUGUGGGUGACCACCUCUAUGUACACGUCACUGGCAACAUGUUUAUACUAAUACCUACCACUGUCAAGUCUGAGCAGAAGGCUCUACGUACGAAACCCACUAUCAAACCUUUAAAUGCAAGCAGAUAUCCAGUGCAUUCUGAAGCUGCUCCUAGCCCACACGAAGGCUAUAUCACACGGCACGUGAGCGGAAAAAACAAGGACGACUAUGAUAACAGUCGGAGGAUGGGCUUCUUGUGGUCUUGGAAUCAUAUGAUAUCAAAGAAAUGGAAAUGGUCACAAGCGACAGGAGAUGAACAGUUUCAAAUGAGAAUGUUACGAGACUUUAAAUUGUUUUGCGCAAACCAAGAACAGAGGCUAAGUCAGUUUUGGGAUCAAUGUUGGGAGUUGCAAGAGCAAGCAAAUGGUCUCAGUUGUUGAAUAGUUAUUAAGUCAAAUUAACCCUUCCUAUCAAUUAUCUAUAAAUUAUUAUAAUUAAUAAAUUUUUGUAAUUUAUACUUAAAAA